UCCGAUGAGUCUCAUCUUUUUGCAAGAAAGCUAGUGACAACAACCCCUGCGUUGUCCAACUGACAUGAUUAAUAUCUAGUACCGACCAAUCACAUACAUGUGCAUGGACUGCAUGGCACCGCAUAUGAUAAUUUGAUUCACAAACUGAGGCGGGGGCUUUUCGGUUCGCAUCACUGAUAUAUUGAACCUACUUAUCAACGUUUGAACCUUGACUCUAGACGCCCGCAUACUCCAUCGACCAACGGCCACAAUGCUGCCCUCGCUGGACGUCCUGCGUCUCCCCACAACUAGGAUACUACUCACAACUGAGACUUUCACUUCUCGUGUCCUUCCACCAGUCGCAUGUUACUUCGUCACAGCUUUUCUUGUCCUGCUGCCCCGAACGCAGCCAGUCCGCAUUGCGUUAUGGCCCAUCACCGCGAUCCUUGCAUUUCGUGCGGCGACAUCGUUAGACAUGUCCAUGGGGCAACCGAAACUUGCCUUUUGGAAUAUCGAUCUGCAGGUGAAUUCUUAUUAUAUUCGCAUUGACUGCCACAUCAUUGAACUUAUCUCUCAGCUAUCCAUGGUCUGUAUUGCAGCACGCACCUUUGAAUGGACGGUGCAGACGAAACCCUUUAUUCGUGUGGCUCACCGAUCGUCAACUGACGCACCAAAGCGAAAUCUUGUGCUCGACACAAUUGAUUUGGCAUGCAACCUUCGAGGCUGUGGCUGGGACUGGUCGCAGGGGCUGUACGUCCCGCCUGAGACACAUUCUACAUCCUCACGAUUGGCCUUUGCUAAAUCCAUCCUAGUAUCUUGUCUCAAGCACUUAUUUCUUUGCGGCGCGAUUCACUCUGCCGUGCAAUCUUUCUCUCUAGAUACAUUCGGAUCUGUUGAUGGUGGUACCAUCUUCGACGACUCACUACCCCCACACCUCCGUUAUUUACGAUCGAGCAUCAUAGCGACGAUGUGCGCAUUCGGCAUCUACUCAGUGCUCCAAGCCGGUUACGAGCUCACCGUAGUUAUGUGCGUAUUGUUGUUCAGACAACAUCCAGACCAAUGCCCCCCCUCAUUCGACUCUCCCUGGCGUGCCACUUCUCUCAGAGAAUUCUGGAGCCGACGCUGGCAUCAGUGGUUCCGUCGGAUAUUCAUUUUCCUUGGGGGAAAGCCACUUUCUCUGCUCUUUGGGCGUAUCGGGGGUGUCAUAGGCACGUUCCUCGCCUCUGGAUUUUUUCACCAUCUCGCACUACUCGCCAUCGACCCAUCCUCGGAGAUGUGGCGCAUGCUUCUGCCAUUUGGAAUGAUGGGCACUGGUGUGGUGGUCGAGCGUGCUGUUGCGGGGAAUAAGACAGGUGGCUGGAUGGGAUGGGUGUGGACAAUGAGCUGGCUGGUGUUAUGGGGGAACGUGAUGGUGGAUGGGUGGGCGAGAGCUGGGAUGCUUGGGGGUUCGAGCGUUUUGGAUAGUGCGACGCCUGUGAGACAACCGAUUGAGUGGCUGGUAAGGACGUUUGACGAGUAUCUGCAUACAUGUUAGCAGAAAACCAUAAUGGUAGGAAGUUGUAGAUGAUCCGGGAGCUGAUACUAAAAUUGUGGGAUACGAGAGCAGCUAGUUCAAUGCAAAUUUCUGAAUGCUAGUGGAUGACGCGACGUCGGACCGACUCAAAAUUGUGAACCGCAGCUUAUAUAACUUCCAAAUCAAGAACUGACUU